GAGACCUGUGUGCUGUCAUGUUGAUCUUGACCGAAAGUAAUGUUAAAUUUGAUGUAUCCAUGAACCAGGUUACAUUUGGUGGUAUGUUGAGAGUGCCAUACUUUUGUUCAGCAUUGCUUUGAAAUGGUCAAACUGUGGAAAAUAGUGGGAAUGUAAAGCAGUCAGAAAGCACAGAGCCCCCUCCAUCAUGUUAAGAUUACCUGCAUUAUUGACUUCAGUAUUUCCUCCAGACUCAAAGUCCUUAUUUGUUCAUGCACCAUUGAUAAGAAGAUGUCUUAGAAGAGGUUAUGCAUUCAAUUUGUCGUUACAUAUGUGUAAUGGACACGGUACAAAUUACGUAACAAGACGUACGACAAGCUGCUCAUUCAAAAGGGAAUCCUGGAGUUAUCCCCAUUCCAUUUGUCUGCAUAGAAGUGGGGUGCACUUGAGUAAGGUUUCUUGUAUUUAUUUUAACCAGAAUUCUGCUGUGCAGAAUCAAGAGAAUAAUUUAAUGCAUAUUUUUUGUAAUGGAUCAGUGAUUAAGCAGCGUGUGUAUGUUCCACAUCAUCAAGACUGUAGACAUUUCUCUGUGCUAGAGAGAAUCACAUCAAGUCAACCUUUAUGUGGAGCAAUGAGGAACAGUAAUGAACACAAGGAAAGAACACAUGUUCCAGUACAGACAAAUUCAUCAAGGCAGCUGAGUUUUUCUGCAAAAAGUGUUGUAGAUGCAUCGCCUCUGUCUUUCCAGCCUUAUCUGCGAUUGACACGAGUGGAUAAACCAAUAGGCACAUGGCUGCUGUUCUGGCCGUGUACCUGGAGCAUCUGCCUGGCUGGUGAGGCUGGGCAUUUACCUGACUUUAGAAUGAUUGCUCUGUUUGGCAUGGGGGCUUUUCUCAUGAGAGGAGCAGGAUGUAUCAUCAAUGACAUGUGGGACAAAGACUUUGACAGAAAGGUUGAAAGAACCAAGCUACGACCCCUGGCAAGUGGAGAACUGAACACAUUCCAGGCCCUGUGUUUCCUGGGCCUAAAUUUAUCUCUUGCGUUAGGUGUCCUACUUCAGCUUAACUGGUACAGUGUGAUGCUAGGAGCUUCAUCAAUGUUGCUGGUUGUUACUUAUCCCUUGAUGAAGAGAUACACCUACUGGCCCCAAGCCUUUCUAGGCCUAACUCUGAACUGGGUGUUCUCUUGGCUUGGAGCCACCUGCAGGGAAGUUUGGAGUGGGGGAGUUGCCCCCCCUUUAUAUGGCUACCGUUCUUUAUACCAUGACCUACGACAGCAUUUACUCACACCAGGAUUAACAUUCAACUACGGGGCCAUACUAGGUUGGUCAGCUGUACAAGGUUCGUGUGAUUGGCCCAUAGUUAUUCCCCUUUACACAAGUGGCUUCGCAUGGACAUUGUUGUAUGACACCAUCUAUGCUCACCAAGAUAAGUAUGAUGACAUGUUGAUUGGGGUCAAAUCCACAGCUCUGAAAUUUGGAGAUCAGACCAAACCUUGGCUCUUUGGGUUUGCUGCAGUGAUGAUGAGCGGCCUCACCUGCACAGGUGUAAUGUGUGAGCAGACCUGGCCGUAUUACCUAGCAGUUGCAACAACUGGAACACACCUUGCUUACCAGAUAUAUGAUGUGGAUCUGAACAACCCAGACGACUGUGCUAGGAAGUUUCGCAGCAACAGCUGGCUGGGAAUGAUCUUGUUCCUGGGAGCAGCAUUUGGUACCUGGCUAAGACAUCCUCACACAAAGGGUGAUAGAGCAGUCAAAGGAACUAACAGAUGAGUGCCGCAUCAUGCCAGACAGAACAUGUACCAUGCAGACAAGGAUAGUGAUAAAACAGUGUGAUGCCAAUUUUAAAUUAGGACUUUUCAAGUGUGCUUCCCUCUCCCCAAGAGCCACUAAUUCUCAGCCAGACAAAUCUGACUUAGAAUGUCGACAUUGAAAUGAUUCGUGCAUAAUGGUGUUGCAUUCUGAGAAUAUUGUAUCAGUCACUAUAUUAAGUGGCUUCAUGGUAAUAAUCUUGGAAUGUUCCUGCUGCUUGAGUUUGUACAGAGUUUUUUAGUCCCCGAGAACCUCAUAAUCUUAGAAUAAUCUGAUUUUAUUUGAAGACCAAAGAAGGCAGCAGUUGCACAAAUUGGAGAGCUACCAUGGAUGAUUUGUUAAUGGUGUUUGACUUGGUGUUGAUAGGACACCUGAGGUACAGGUUCAAACCCAGCAUUGGUCAUGAAAUUUAUAUACUCUCCCAUUCACUGAAGACCACUUGCCCCCACCAAAAUGGAUUACAUAUUUGUACAUCAGAAAAAGCUGGCUCAUUUGUUAUUUGCCUCGGGUCUUGUGAAACCAACAAUAAAUUAAUAAGGGAAACUAUUUAAUGCAUUUAAAGAUUUGCCUUCAUGGUACUAACAGUUCUCAUCUUCAGCCAGUGGGAGUACCAGGCCUUAGUUCUGCAUUAUCAUAUCAAAACAGUUUAACUUUUGAAUAGUUAAUGAUCUAUUGGUCGUGUGUGUCACUCACUGCUUGUAAUAAGGCACGUCCUCUGGCAAUCAGAUUAAAUGAUUUUGGUUCAUGGUCAUUUGAGCUAAUAUUUAAUCCAUUUACCAUUAAAAACAUGACAUUUUUAUAUGAUA